AUGAAUAUCGUCAAUAUUUUAGAGAUCGCUAAUCCACCCCCACCUGGUACGAAACCUCCCAGUCCAAACCCUCCACCCAAUUUUCCUCCACCUGGUGACGGCGGUGAUGCUACUGAUACUCCAGGUCCUACAUAUUAUGGUCCUCCCGUUGCAGUAAUCACAAUAACAAAAAUUUCGACAAUGAUGUCAACUACCAUGCAAGCUGAAUCUGUCACGUCGACACUUACUGUUAGUACCGUUGUGACUGUGACUCCAAAUGUUGUUACUAGUUCUGUUAAUGCUAGUCCAAUGCCUAGCAGUUGGAAAAUUGCUAUACCCGUCAUAUCUCUGGUCGGCGUAGGGGCACUUGCUUUAUUCUGGUUCGGGAAAAAAAAAGAGUAUAUCCCUGCGUCUUCACGAGACGAUAAUAAUAAUGAGUCACAAGACGGUAAUGGGUCACAAAACGGUAAUGGGUCACAAAACGAAGGCGAUGGUAUAACAUCCCAGCAGAGCAACGCAGAAUAUUCCCCAGUCGGAACAACACUCCCAGCGAGCAGCAGUAGGAUAUCCGGAGAUGGAAAUGGAGAAUAG